CGCAGCGCUGCGCCCCCUCCCCGCGCCGCUCCCGCCCGCGGACACGCACCCCCGGCUCUCCCAGCUAUAUCCUAGACAAGCUUCAGCUUCUUGCAGCUCCUGGUACUUGCCACACUGCAGAAGGGGACAUUGCAGCUGCAAAGUGCUUCCAGGGAGCCUGGCUGUUGGAGAUUUGGGCUUUUGAGCAGAUUUCUGAGUAAAGAUGAAUUUAGCAGAGAUUUGUGAUAAUGCCAAAAAAGGAAGAGAAUAUGCACUCCUUGGGAAUUAUGACUCUUCUAUGGUAUAUUACCAGGGUGUCAUCCAGCAAAUCCAGAGACAUUGCCAGUCGAUCAGAGAUCCAGCAAUUAAGGGCAAAUGGCAACAGGUCCGACAAGAAUUAGUUGAAGAAUAUGAACAAGUUAAGAGCAUUGUCAACACUUUAGAGAGUUUUAAAAUGGACAGACCUCCAGAUAUCUCUGUAUCCUGUCAAGAUGAGCCUUUCAGAGAUCCAGCUGUUUGGCCUCCUCCUGUUCCAGCUGAACACAGGGCUCCACCUCAGAUAAAGCGUCCCAACAGAGAUGGAAAAUCUUUGAAGAAAGACUCCCCAGGGCUGCAGCCACGGGGGCCUGCGGGCAGAGCACACCUGGUGUCCAAGGGAGAGAAAUCUUCCGGCAGCCGCGAAAGAGAAUCCAGAGCCAGGGGAAGGGAUGACAAGGGAAAGAAAAUACCCCAGGAAUUUGGUGAUGGGGAAAUUCCAAAAUUUGAUGGAGCAGGUUACGACAAAGACCUGAUCGAAGCUCUUGAAAGAGACAUUGUGUCAAGGAAUCCAAGCAUUCAUUGGGAUGACAUAGCAGAUUUGGAAGAAGCCAAGAAAUUAUUAAGAGAAGCUGUUGUUCUUCCAAUGUGGAUGCCUGAUUUUUUCAAAGGGAUCAGAAGACCUUGGAAGGGGGUGCUGAUGGUUGGUCCUCCUGGCACUGGCAAAACAAUGCUAGCAAAAGCUGUUGCUACAGAGUGUGGGACAACAUUCUUCAACGUGUCUUCCUCUACACUGACGUCUAAAUACAGAGGCGAGUCUGAGAAGCUGGUCCGCCUCUUGUUUGAAAUGGCACGGUUUUAUGCACCAACAACAAUCUUCAUUGAUGAGAUAGAUUCCAUCUGCAGCCGCAGAGGCACGUCGGACGAGCACGAGGCCAGUCGCAGAGUCAAGUCAGAGCUGCUUGUGCAAAUGGAUGGGGUAGGUGGUGCUCUGGAAAACGAUGACCCUUCCAAGAUGGUUAUGGUAUUAUCUGCUACAAAUUUUCCCUGGGACAUUGACGAAGCUCUCCGACGAAGACUGGAGAAGAGGAUUUAUAUACCUUUGCCCACAGCAAAAGGCAGAGCAGAACUACUGAAGAUUAAUCUUCGGGAAGUAGAACUAGAUCCUGAUAUCAGCCUUGAAGAAAUUGCAGAGAAGAUUGAAGGCUAUUCUGGUGCUGACAUCACUAAUGUUUGCAGGGAUGCAUCUUUAAUGGCAAUGAGGAGACGUAUUAAUGGCUUAACUCCAGAAGAGAUUCGUGCACUUUCUAAAGAAGAGCUUCAGAUGCCGGUUACCAAGGGGGACUUUGAGCUGGCUCUGAAGAAAAUCUCCAAAUCUGUUUCUGCUGCAGACCUGGAGAAGUAUGAAAAAUGGAUGGCGGAGUUUGGAUCUGCUUAAUCUCAGUGACAGCUUUCCUUCGCUGGAGUUUUAUGGUUUUUGUUGUUCUCACUUUCAAAAUGAGUUAGAAAUCUCUUUAAAGGUUUAAUAAAAGGUCUGCCUCUACCCUCAUCCCACCCCUUUCUGCUGACAGGAUCUUUUAAGCUGUUUGCCUUUAAAGGGAAUGAGCACAAUAAUGAGCUGAUAUUGUAAAA